AUGGAAAAGCACUUGGGCAAGGUGGUUGUAGGACAGAAAGAAGCUGUGGUAUCUGUCUCGAAUGCUAUCAGAUUGCAGCGUUCAGGUCUCAGCAACCCCAACUCACCUCCAAGUUUCCUUUUCUGCGGUCCUUCCGGUACUGGUAAGACACUUCUUACCAAGGCCCUUGCUGAGUUCCUCUUCGACGAUAGCAAGGCCAUGAUUCGCUUCGAUAUGUCUGAAUACCAAGAGAGACAUUCGCUGAGUCGAAUGAUUGGUGCACCCCCCGGUUAUGUUGGUCAUGAUGCUGGUGGCCAACUGACUGAAAACCUUCGCCGUCGGCCUUUCUCCAUCCUUCUGUUCGAUGAAGUCGAAAAGGCGGCAAAGGAAGUCUUGACCGUACUUCUCCAGCUUAUGGAUGACGGCCGUAUUACAGAUGGUCAAGGACGUAUCGUCGAUGCCAAAAACUGUAUCGUCGUCAUGACCUCGAACUUGGGCGCCGAACACGCGAGAUGGUCAUGGGGGGCCCUCCGCGACUACUUCCUCCCCGAAUUCCUUAACCGUAUCUCCAGCACCGUCAUCUUCAACCGCCUCAGCAAGAAGGAGAUUCGCAAGAUUGUCGACCUUCGUCUCGCAGAGGUUCAGAAACGACUGACACACAACGGUCGCAACGUUGUGAUCGAGUGUACCGAAGAGGUCAAAGAUUAUCUCGGCGAUGCAGGCUACUCCCCUGCCUACGGUGCUCGGCCUUUGGGUCGCAUCAUCGAGCGUGAGGUACUCAAUCGUCUCGCUGUUCUCAUCCUGCGCGGCAGCAUCCAGGAUGGAGAGGUCGCUCGGGUUGUCAUGAUUGACGGUCGGAUUGACGUUUUGCCAAAUCAUGAAGUGGCCGAUGACGACGGCGACGAAGACAUGGUUGACUCUGAUGAUGCCCUCGCGGAGAUGAACGAUGAUGGAGGCGAUAUGGAUCUCUACGACGAGUAA